AUGUCUCCAACUCUGUCACUGGCACUCGGCUCGCCGCGUCAAGAGACGUCAGCAACACGGGGGAGCAGCUCAGCUAAGUCCACUCAUCUGCCAGGCGGCGGAGAGGAGUUACCCGAGAAGCCGAACAGCCGCCAUUACGACCACGGCGCCGACUUACCGACGACCCGGACCAACUUACCUUUCACAGGCCGCGUAGCUGCUCCCGAUCCCGGCGUGGAGUUUGUCGAAUUGGUCGUGUUUGUGUGGAAUUCCGAUGGCGGCUCGCCUCCUCUGGGCCCUGAGCAACUGCAACUCUCCCAGCAGAUGACUGACGGGCUCAUAGAUGACGACAGUCAGGCAUGCUGGGAUAUUGAGUUGUUCCUGUCCGAGUGGUGCAGCACAUCGCCUGAACUCAGUCCCUCCCUGGACCACAAUGUUGAGAUGUUGCAACAACAGCUGGACCCGGACAUAGUGUACCAGGCUGGAGGCAUGCUUAAAGACCGAGCGGAUCAGGAUCAGACGGAUGGGUGUCCGAUGGCUGAGUUCAUACUUCCGACGGCCCAACAGGAAGUGUACCACCAAUAUUACAAUAACGCCCCGGUAGGGCGGACGAAUGUAGACCCGUUUGGUUUCUCCCAGGAGAGACCCAUCCCACCGUGGGAGCAGAACCCGUAUUACCCCCCUCAGCAUCCUCCUUUGGUGCCUUUCCAUGAUGUCCGAUUGGUACCGAUCCAAGCUGCAACCUCUGACCCUCGACACUACAGCUACCCGCUUCACUUCAACCACAACGCCAGCCUUUUCUGUGACUACACCCGCAGCCAGCCUCAUCAACAAAGGGUCGGACCGCAGCCGCCCCCCGGUGGGGCGCAGGUGAAGCGCGGGCGACGGUCGACGGGGAAAAAGACGGCAGCCAUCCACGGCUGUGACUACCCCGGAUGCAGAAAGACCUACACGAAGAGCUCCCACCUCAAGGCUCACCAGUGUUCAUGGGAAGGCUGCAGCUGGAAGUUUGCCCGUUCUGAUGAGUUGACCCGUCACUACCGCACGGCAUUCAAUUUCUGCUCAAGUGAAGUAAACCACACCAAAGUUCACAUGUAA